CUACUAUUCAAUCUUCUUCCUCUCCUCUCUUGCUCACGCUCUCCUACCAAAAAAGUCAAAAAAUCAUCCAAAAUACAAAGAAAUCAGCCAUAAUCAGUCUGAAAAAUCCCAAAAAGAUGAGCCAGAGAAGUCUGGUGUUUCACAGAUCUAGGCCGAAACCACCUUCACCGUUCAUCAGCUAGAGGUCACGCUCUCUGCCGCCGCUCUAAAACUUACAUGUUGCUCUCCAGAUGGUGGCCAUCGUCGCCAGCAAACCUGAAGCUAUGGCUUACAUCAGGCAUGGCACGCAGCUCUUCUCUUCGUCGAAAGGUUGCCGGUCGCCCUUUGAAGCUUGUUCCCCACCUCUGCGCCAGCGCCGUAGGACAGUGCCCCCUCGAGUCGGGUGAGCUAGUUCAAGGUCUCCACCAUUAAUGGCUGCCAGGAACCCCCUGCUGACUCGACUUCGCCGCCGCUGCCGCUGCCGGAGCCCUAGCAAGCUUGCUCCGGUAAUCAUCUCUCUGCCGUUGGGUCCGCCUGAGGGAUGUGCCAGUCUCCGCCGGAAGGAGCUUCCCCCCUGCCACUGCCCGAGAGGACCUCACCGUCUUCAUUCCUCGCUGCUACUGCUCCAAUGGAUGGACAAACGGCUCAACCGGUCUUUGUACAUUUGAACCGGUGUGCUGCUCCUGCUUAGGAUCCUGGCCGCAUAUGGAGCCGAAGGUUCUGCCCACUUACCAAACUUGAGGGCUGGCGAAGGCUUUGGCAGAAGGUUGACCAAUGGCUAGGUGAGAUUGGGGGAGGAGCUACCCAACAAGAAAUAAAGGCCCACACAGCCCAUUAUUCCGGCCCAAUUUCAACAUCACAGUCCAUUAUUCCAGUCCAAAUAAGAGCUAAGUCCAUUAUUCCAGUCCAAUACUCCUAUUUAUACAAAUAAAUUGUUACUAAAUUAAUUAAAUAUUCCCUUCAAAAAAAAAAAAUUAAUUAAAUAUUAUUAUUGUAAUUAUUAUUAUUAUUGCCACAACCAUUAUGGCGGCUCAAAUUCCCCCAAGGUGGUGAAGACCAUUAUGGCAGGUUAAAAUCCCUGAGGUUACUAAUAAUGCAAUAUUAUUGAUGUUAUUAUUAUUGUUAUCACCACCAUUUUUAGCGGGUUAAAAUCCCCAACCGGGUGCAACCUGAGCUUCAAUCUUCCGAACAUCUUUAUUUGAUGAUUUGGAUUAUAUAAACAAACUCCUCGACCUACUCCCGGUGACCCUUAUUUGAAAACCGGGGUGCAUCCAAAAGUCUCCAAAGUGGUACAAGCCGAGCCCCUCGAAUUACCCCCAUUCACCUUUAUUUGGCCACCUGGGCGCAAACUGGUGCAGGAAACGAGCUGGAGCAUCUCAAAACAAGGCCAGGGCUAAGCCCCCUCAGUAUAAGCCACGAGCGACCGGAGGAAAUAAACCCCUCGCACCGGAGGAAACCACGGGCGACCGGGGGGAUAAAUCCCUCGCAUCGGAGGAAACCACGGGCGACCGGGGGGAUAAAUCUCUCGCAUCGGAAGAAACCACGGGCGACCGGGGGAAAUUAUCCCCUCGCACUGGAGGAAACCACGAGUGACUGGGGGAAAUUAUCCACUUGCACCGGAGUAAAUCACGGGCGACCGGGGGAAAUUAUCCCCUCGCACCGGAGGAAACCACGGGCGACCGGGGGAAAUUAUCCCCUCGCACCGGAAAAUGAUCUCCUCAUUCCUCUCCCACUCAAAUUCUUCCCUCGCACAUUCAUUCCAAAAAUAGCCUCGGCAAUCUAUAUUUAGUAGAUCUUCAUGAGGGACAAUAAUUCUUAAUGGAUUAGGAUUCCAGGUAAUUUUAAAGGAAAUUCUUGUAAGAUUCUACUAACCGCUCAAUGGAUAAGAAUUUGAAAAUCAAAUACCUUUAACAAAGUUCUCUAGAAAUUUAGAAGCAGUCUUUAUGAAAUUUAUAUAUUGGACCCACAAACGAAGAUAAUAGUUUCAUCAGAAAAGCAAAGGUGAUGGUUCAUUCAAAAUAGAACCCAAAUUGAAGUAAUGCAGCUUUAAAGUCCUCUUACAUAAAAUACAAAAUAAUUAGUAAUAAUAGUAAUAAUAAUGAUAAACUAUUUUAAUUAUUUAUCUCGUUGAUGCAGUUCUGUCUUCAAAAUAUGAGCCAUUGGGAUAUCUUCAUCAAGUAGAGAGUGGCAUAUGCUUCUAACAGGAUGUUCCCAAUUCUCAAGACAUGGUUUUUUCAAGUCGUCUACAUCACGCAAUGUGCUUGGGUUUAAGAGUAGGUAUAGUAGUGCUCCAACAUAUACCAAUCAUGGCCGGAAAGACUGCAUCUCCCUUCCUAAGUCUAGGGUAUCGAAACGGUUCAGUUCCAAACCCCGUAGAUGGAUGUCCAAGAGAAAAGUACUUAUAAAUCACAUGUACAAAUUCGUUAACCGGGUUUGGAACUGAAUCGUUUCGAUACCUUAGACUUACGAAGGGAGAUGCAGUCAAUCCCGCCCAUGAUUGGUAUAGUGUUGCGGUACUGCUAUACUUACUUUUAAACCCAAGCACAUUGGAUAUGUAGAUUACUUGAAAAAACUCUGUCUUGAGGAUUGAAAACAUCCGGUUAGAAGCAUAUGUCACUCUCUAUUUAAUGGAGAUAUUACAAUUGCUCAGAUUUUGAAGAUAGUGGACUGCAUCAACGAGGUAAGUAAUUGAGAUAGCUAUCAUUAUUAUUAUUACAAAAUAUUUUGUAUUUUAUGUAGGACUUUAAAGUUGUGUUACUUCAAUUCGGGUUCCAUUUUGAAUGAACCAUCACCUUUUGUUUUUUUAUGACGCUACUAUCUUCGUUUGUGGUUCCGAUAUAUAAAUUUCUUAAAGAUUGUUUUUGAAUUUCUAGAGAACUUUGUUAAGGGUAUUUGAUUUUAGAAUUUCAAUCCAUUGUGCGGUUAAUGGAAUCUUUCAAAAAAAUCUCCUAAAAAUUACUUGGAAUCUCAGUUCAUUAAGAUUUUUGGAAUGGCUGGGGAAGGAUUUGAGUGGGAGUGGAAGGAGGAGAUCAAAGGAAGACUCUCUCAAGUUGUUCGCGUAUUAUAGACUUAAAUAGUGGGAUACCUAUACAUCAUUAUAUGAAAUACAAUAUUGAGUGUGUUACUGUGGUCAGGUGCAUAGCCCGGGUCUCGAGAUGGAAAAUAUUUUUCAUUAAUUGUUUGCUUUAUUUAAAAAAUAUUUUUCAUUUCUUAUCGUGACAAAAAUUGUUCAAUGAUAUAUGUAUGUGUGUCUAUAUAUACUUAUGUUGUUUUUAAAUAUCAAUUAGGCAUGGAUACAGAGUUUUCUCGAAAAAACAAAGCCAAGCUUAGGAAAAAACGGGAAAGGAUGGAUGGCAGAUGUGAUGAAUUUCUAGAGAACUUGGAGAAAAAAGUUGUUAAAAUGUGGAAGGAAGGAGCGUAUGAGCCCUUGAGGGCCGUGAUUAAGGGACGAGACUGGGGUUUCCCUAUGUAUGAGAAGAUUGGAAGGCGUGUGUUGCAAUUGCUUACGGAAGCAGCAUAUGUACAGCCUCCUCCCCGACCUGCUUUUGCACUCGACAUUAAGUCAUUGCGCUACCCAUAUAAUAACUUUGUAGACUUUGACAGUCUCUUAGCACAAUAGAGGGAAACGUUGAACUUCAACUGGGUGGACCAGUGACCCUCUUCUAUCAACUAGCAACUGACAAAUGGCUUAUGGGAAACGACUGUCGUGUCUGUUUGUACUCAUUUGUCUAUGAACGUGCACUCCACCUUUUAAAUUAUUGACUCGGGUUGCUGCAGGGCAAGCCGCUAGUUUGGAUCGUACGCUAUCGGCUUUUGCCGAGGAGCGUGACUGGUUUCCGGCCAUCCGUUUUAAGUUCAGCAUAGAGAAUCCGGAAGGGAAGGCGACAAAGGAGGCAUAUGAAGUUUCUGCUUCGGACCGGCAAUUUCGUGGUGUUUGGAUGGAAGAACCGAGGAGACGUAGCAGUGCACAGAGCGACAAAGGGCUGAACAAGGGAGAAUACAGAUUGGCGGUUCGUCCACCUCCUGAACCGCGGCCUUGGACUGAUUGAGAAGUCAGGGUUUGGAAGAUGAUUUUUCAAGAGAACAGUCAGAAAGAAGUUUGGAAUAUUUGGAGUAAGGAGUAUUUGUUAUUGCCGCAUCGGCGCAGACAGGGGUCAUGGGUGGGACGUGAUGGGAUGCCAAAGAAGCAGCCUCGUCGCCAUCAAGCAGGCCUUCUCACGACACCGGAGGUGGCGUGGUGAUGCACUAUGCUUCACAGCGGGGGAUCGUAGCCCGGGUCUGCCACUGCCGGGGAUGGUGGAGAGGCCACAACAACCAAUUGGGUUUCCCACGGCCAUAGCAGGAUUUUGGUUUAAUUGCCGAAAAGGUGAAACCUUGUCCAAUUCUGUCUUUAAGAGGUGGGGUUGUCCAUGUGGCCCCAAAGGGUAUGCAUCUAUGGCUGCUGCGAAGCAGGUGCCUAGUUCUUCACACGAGGCUGACGGAGAAGAACAGGAUGACGGGGAUGAAGAUAUUGGAAACGAGCCGAAGAAGAAGACCAAUGUUGUUCCGGAGCACCUGGAAACGCUCUUCGCAGGUUGGGUUGAGCCUCUGCGGGUGGCCAUAGCCAAGGAGCAAGAGCUGUGCCUGCAGGGCGAGAAGAAGGCCUCAUAUGCCAGGUAUCUGGUCCAGUUGGAUGCCAAAACUAUUGCAGAGAUUACGCUCCGUGAGUUGAAGGUUGGGGUGAUUGUGGCACGUAGUCGCCCUUGUAGAUCAGUGCACCUUUAUUCCCUUGCUACCUCUAUCGGAUUUAACAUAGAGAUGGAGGCAAGGAUACAUAGUUUUCUCGAAAAAACCAAAGCCAAGCUUAGGAAAAAACGAGAAAGGAUGGAUGGCAGAUGUGAUGAAGCUGAAGAGGAGCUGAAGAAAUUGGAGAAAGAAGUUGUUAAAAUGUGGAAGGGAGGAGAGUAUGAGCCCUUGAGGGUCGUGAUUAAGGGACGAGACUGGGGUUUCCCUAUGUAUGAGAAGAUUGGAAGGCGUGUGUUGCAAUUGCUUACGGAAGCAGCAUAUGUACAGCCUCCUCCCCGACCUGCUUUUGCACUCGACAUUAAGUCAUUGCGCUACCCAUAUAAUAAUUUUGUAGAGUUUGACAGUCUCUUAGCACAAUAGAGGGAAACGUUGAACUUCAACUAGGUGGACCAGUGACCCUCUUCUAUCAACUAGCAACUGACAAAUGGCUAUGGGAAACGACUGUCAUGUCUCUUUGUACUCAUUUGUCUAUGAACGCGCACUCCACCUUUUAAAUUAUUGACUCGGUAGAAUUUUCUGUGAACCCUUAUUUAACUCUAGAUAUUUGCAAAUGUGUAAUGCUCAUGGAUUAUUAUUGAAAUGAAAAUUUGUUGUGGUACUCCGUAAUAUUUCUCG